AUGGAACCAAUAUCAAUAGAAUCAAUAGAACCAACAUCAACGGAACCAACAUCAAUGGAAUCAACAUCAAGUGAACCAAAACGAAUUGAACCAACAACAUGUGCACCAACAGCAUUUCAACAACCAUCAAAUCAUAAACACAAAGCAGAAGAAAAACAUAAUUAUGAGCUACUGUCUCUGGAGAUUGAUUCAUCAAAACAAAAAACAACAAGAAAUCUCCUACCUAAACAACACCGACAAUCACGACACCUUCACAAUGGCAACAAAAAGUGUUUUACAUAUCUUACUAUUUCUUCGCGCAUUAUAAAAGGGCUAGCGUUUUUUGUUUUUCUUGUAAGAGAAGGAAUUCAUUUAUUUGUUUUUCGACUUUUUUAAAGUAUUAAUAUAUCGAGAUAAUUCGUCAAUUGUGAGACAUUUCAGCUACAAAAAUGUGCUCUCUUCCGCAUUGCUUAGCAGUUUCUGAAAAGAUUUUUGAUUGUUCUAAUAAAUUUCUGUUUCUUUAUAAUAAACAUUUGAAAAUUUUGCUCCUAGUGAACCCGAAAUUUUGAUAGUUAAAAUAGAUACUUCAAAAACAAUUUCAUUCAAAAUCGAAUAGUGAAGCAUAAAAUAAUACCUAGUUCAACAAAGUACGUACUUAGAGACGGUGUGCGUGUUUUUCUCAGAUUACCGAAUAUUCAUUUUUUUCUUUUAGGUUGAUCAAAAUCGAAGUUCAACUGCAAAUCUUUAUACAUCGUGAUAUAUGUAUAUUUCACGCAUUUCAGUAGAUCACAAUAGAACAAUUGAACUGUAAGCAUAUAUAUAUAAUAUUUUAUUUCGUUAAGUGCUCACAGAUUCAAGCCAAGCCAUUUCUCGAAUAUUUUAGAUUUCAAUUUUAUUUAUUUAAGUGGAUCCAGAUCGAAGGAUAGAUUUUUUUUCUACUACUGCACUUUAAUAUUUUUCUAUUUACGCUGAUCGAAGUCGGACUGUAAAUUUUUCUAUAUAUUA